AUGAGUGACGGUCAACGACCGCCCACGUUGCCUCAAGCGAUGAGGAACGCCUCUCCGACGCCUUCCCCGCCUACCUUGGACACCUCUGAAUCUGAAACGAAACUAUCGAGGAAGAGAGAACGGGAGGUCUCAUUAGAACCUGCUACACCCUCUGCUACUGAGAUCGAUGCUAUACCUCGCGACCGGAAAGACUCUAGAACUCCAGCAAAGAAGAACCGACGAUACCUCUCCACCACGGUUGAAGAGGAGGAUGGGGGGACGCGAUCCCGGUCGAAUUCAGUCACACCUCCCAUGAGCGUUUCGCCACCACACGAAAUGAAGAUAAAGGUUCGACAAAUCAGCCAGGGCGUCGAAGAUCUCACCUGGAGGAACAUGGUGCCACCUCAGGAUCCGAAGGAUGAAGACAUGCCUGCGGCUGAGGGAGAAGAGGACGGCAAACAGAUCGAAACGGGGGAUUCGGAAGAACAGCAACAGCAAGGGGAUGCUGAGAACGGCGGCCAAAAAGCGCAAGCACACCGAGAACAUGAUGCAACCUCCGGCAGUCCACCUUCUGUGAACGGACCUUCAAGUCAUGGCGCGGAUGCUAAAACUGAUAAGGACGGUGCUGUCAGCGGUGCAACAACACACGAUGACAGGGACGCUUCCCGUUCCAGGACUCCAGACCUUCAAGCGGCGCCGGAUGUUAUUCCAGCACAACCCGUUAAGGCUACUGCUGGAGCAGCGGCGAUUGGAGGACGUGAUGCUGCGGCUCAAGGGGAUUCCUCUUCUUCCAGGCUUCGAGCUUACUCGGAGAGUGGAGAGAAGGGCGUUAAACGUAAAUUUUUGGAACGUGGAACAAGUCAGGGACCGCCCGAAGCGGGUGUGGAGGAGAACAAGGAGUCGUCAGGCGGGGAGGCCCUCAAGAGGCCGCGUGAUGAAGCGGACAAGGAUGAUAACCCUAGGGAGACCAAGAGGCCUUCUCCCCCACCAGAAAAGUCAUCGACCGGAAGAACAUCGCCACCUUCACCCAAAGUACCAAAACUGUCUGGUUUUAUGGCAUACGCGUCUACCAGUUCGCCUUUUGCGUCCGUGAAAGGAAAGAAUUUGUUCGCGUCUUCGAAGUCCUCCUCACCCGCUCCAUCAUUGUCGAGCACUCCCUCAGCCACCGGGUUUGGCGCCAAGUUGGGUGAAUCAUCGAGCCAGACAGGUGGAUUCAGCGCGUUUGCGGGAACCAGCUCGCCUUUUGCUACUGCUACGCGCAACAAGUCUCCCCCUCCAUUAAACCGACCCAACAGUCCUCCCAUGCGGUCGGGUUUCGACGCAUUCAGUUCCGCCGCUUCACCCUUCGCGUCUGUAGCUCGUGCCAAAUCUCCUGUGUUGGGUACGCCAUCCAAGUUUGGACGCGCCAAAUCCCCUCCACGAAAAGAGAACUCGUUCGCCGCGAGUCCUUUUGCGUCGUACGUGACAACCGGGAUGUCGCCGUUUGGUGUACCCAAGCGGAGGCCUGGAAGUCCUGACGGUUCCUCGAGGAGCUCGCUGGAGAGGGGCCCGGCUGUUAAUGUGUUUGGUGAGGCCAACGAGGAUAGCGGAGGUGAUGAUAGUGACGAGAAGCCCUCGACGUUCGGAGAGCGUCUUAGGGCUGGAAAGGAUGAGGAAGAGGAUGAUGGACAGGACGAACCCAAGGAAGAGGAAGAGACGUUGAUGCAAGUACGAGGCAAGUUGUAUACACUCCAGGGAACCCAGUGGAAGGAGAGGGGCACUGGAAUCAUCAAAAUCAACGUGAAACGAGAAGAUGGUAACAAUCCACGAUUGGUCAUGCGAAAGGACGCUGUGUAUACGCUAUUGCUCAAUGUAAUUCUGUUCCCUGGGAUGCGUUGCACCCUUGCGCAGGACCCUCGUUAUCUUCGGUUCAGUGCUAUCGAAGAUGGCAAGACCGUACAUUACAAUCUACGGGUAAGAUCAUUCCUGUUCAUCCGAGUCUCCAACGCCAAAAUUGCUCAAGAUUUCCUGGACGAAAUCAAUGCCAACAUUCCCGCGGCUUAA